UUUAUUCCGAUUUGCUAUUUUGCCCACUGCGAAAUUUCAUACUCUUCUUUGUUUAACUGUAAACUGUCAUUGCGAAAUUUUUACUACCGUGUACGUAAGCCGAAUUAUGUUUUUGUAAUUGAAUUUAUAGCUAAAAUUUAGAAUGUGCACGUCAACGGAUCCGAAUAACCGGGUUUAUCGGGACAUCUGGAUCCUUCUCCAGGAACUGGGAGUCCCCGAUCCGUUCGUGCAGGAUUUUGAAAGAGAUGGACGAAAUAAGGUCUCUGCGUUAAACUGCAAUGUCGUGCAGACGUUGCGCCGAGUGUACGGCAUGCGCACGGUGGAUGCUGGUGUCCAGGCGAUCGUUACGGAAGAUCCGGAGAUUGCGGAUGGCGGCGGACUUGUUGCACAAGCACUACCAACGCUUAGCGCACCUAAUCAGCCACCUAUUGUUGGACAGGCAAUGGCAGGAACCAACGCUGGACAGGAGUCACAGGACGGUAGCGUUACGGUGGAAGUCAACCACUCUGUUUCGGUCAGCGGUAAUCGCAAGGAGAAGGACGACGCGGAGGGCAAGGAACAGCCCACGCGAGCGGUAUCCGAUGCGGUAACGCAAACCGUCGACGCUGACGCCCCGUCGACAUCUGAGCGCGAAGUGCGCUUCGUCGUGGACCAGGCAAUGUCUUUACCCGAGGACACGUAUGAGGUGAUGCUGCAGAAAGGAAAUCCAGUGGAAACGAGGGCGAUAUCGCCAACGUCUGGUCGGAGCAAACCGGACAUCAAAGCUGUGCAAAAGCGCGGGAAGACGCCGUUGCAGCUGCCCGUGCAGGCAUCCUUUCCCAAGUGGCUGACGGAGACCGUACCCAAACCGUUUCCAUAUUUUCCGCAGAUUGGGGAUGUGGUGUACUAUUAUCAGAAAGGACACCAGAAGUAUGUGAGACGGUUGAUAAAACAGGGCGUUUCAUCCAAAUCAUUUAAGGGAAUGCCUAAAGCGCACUGGAAUCUUAAGGAAGUGGAAGUGUUGCAGAUUGUUGCCCUAAAAUUCGUCAACAUUAGUGUGAAGCUGCCGGCACAGAGCGUUCCCACGAUCCACCACAUAGCCGAAAUUGAGAUGAAACGCAAAGGUACUGCGCCGAAUGGAAAAACCUUCAAGAUCAGUUUUCACUCAGUGCCGCAUAUCGAAGAUUUUCUCGUGCUCGAACACCGUGUGCUGCGGAAUCAAAAUAAAAGGUGGCACGAAGGAGCCCGUGUGAAAAAUCUGCUUUUGGACACAUGCGAGCUGUGCUGGUUCAAGGGCACCAUUGAUUCGGUGAUGCCCGAUGCUCCCGGCAUGUACCACAUGCUUAAAGUCAGGUGCGAUGUAUCGGUAUAUGUCGAAAAAAUUAGUCCAUGGAAUCUCCGUUUAAUUACGCCAGAGGAGGACGAAUCAGUAGAGGACGGUGAUGUCGCUACCGCCGCUGAACUGCACAGCAUGCAGGCUUACAAGCCAACACCGGCUGACUGGAACAACCAAGAUCCCGCUACCGAAAGGCGGCGCAUUCUGAGAUUGCUGCACAGCGUGUUAUCGCUGAAGGAAGCGGAACAGUUCGCCGCCCCGGUUGGCCUGGAGCGUUAUCCGGAUUACGUGAAGAAGAUCGCGUAUCCUGUUGAUCUAAAGACGAUUAAGCAGCGCUUGUCGCAGCAGUUCUAUCGACAUAAAGCCGCCCUGUUAUUCGACAUCAAACAGAUCGCCAGUAACUGCGAAAAAUUCUAUCUCAAUGCGCCGAUUUCCAUGCACGCCAACAUCAUUGUUGCCAUCUGUACUGAUAUUGUCAAUAAUCCGUCGUCGUUACUCCUUCUGGGAUCUGCGUACAUCGAACGCAUAAGAAUGGAAUGGCGUACCGAAUUCGAAGCCCGUAAGAAAUCGGAGCCAGCAGGCUGUCGCGCCAAAACGAACGUUAACACGUUUGCUGAUUCAUCCGUAUCGGAUUCGGACGAAGAAAAAUCCGCUGAUGACGAUAAGGACAGCGAUUUCUCACUGCAGCCGGGCGAUGGCGAGUCUAGCGACGAGGAAACGGACACAGAGCCGCCGACCGGAGAGAUGUCGGAAGCAUCCAGUGAGGACGAUAACGGCGGAUACAAUCACGGUCGGAAAGCCCGUCCCCAGCGGAAGACAGCCGUGCCGGAGCGUUGGAACGGCAGCGCUUUUCAGCCGCGUCCGGGAAGGCGACGGGAUUCCACAUCGGAUGAGUCGGAGAUUGAGCACCCUAGUGACAGCCGCCGGAAAGCGGAUAAAUCCGCGCGUCGAAAGAGCGGCGAUGCGGCUAAACCCUUGUGCAAUCGUACAACGCGGGAGAACGCAGGUGGUAUACGCAGAGACGGCAAGCGGAAGACAGUGGAGGAGCCGACGAUGCAGCGGCUGCGAAAGCGCUCAACGUCCACUCUGCAUUUCAGCUAUGCGGAAUCGGAUCUGGAGACGGAUCACAGUAGCCCGGAACAGAGCGGACGCCGUGUGGGGUCCAUGGUGUGGACGGAAACGCUUAGUGGACGCAAAGUGAAGCGGCCGGAAGUGUACAAGUCGUGAGCGCUGUGAUGCUAUGUAUAAUUUGAUGGCAUUUAUGGAAAAAUUGCUGCCGAGAUGAAUGUUGUACAAAGUAUGUAAUUAUAACGUCUAAAACGUGCAUUGUAGUGCGUUCGUGUUGUUUUUUUUGUGUUUCUUAACAGUAGAUACUGUAGUCGCUUUUUACAAGUCGAGUUGCUCAGUUGCUAACAUUCGUUGGGUCUGUUUUUCACGCCAUUUUACUGACUGUGAGUGUAAAAACUUGUUUGAUCUCCUUUUUCUCAAAUGAGGAAAGGAAGACUAUGUCAGUUUUGUAGAUUCAACAAAAGUUAUGAAACC